CACAAAGCGACAAUUUUCUUCUCUUUCCCUCCCUUCUUCUCUCCCUCCACCACCACCGUCAGCAUCGUGUUUCUUCCUCCCCCCUCUCUGUGCUACUCCUAUCAUCAAAUCAAAUCUCGCGCACCGACAGUCCGACAAGAGCAUUGAACUCUAAGAGACGCAACCAAACAGUUUUUUUCUCUCUGUUGCAGCGAGAGAGAGAGAGAGAGAGAGAGAGAGAGAGAGAGAGGGAGGGAGAGCACCCGCCACCCAUCUCUGCAUAAGUUUCCGUUUUUCUCUACUGGGUUGAAUCUUCGUUUUCCUGAAUCUAGAGGGCUGCAGUUCUGGUUUCGAGAUUUCAUCUGGGUAAUUGAGUUUCCAAGUAAAGGAGGAAUCUUUGGAUCUCAGUCCGGGUCAACUCAGUCAACAUUCGGGUCAGUGACGACUUGGAUGCCAUGAGUUCCUUCUCAAUCUGAAGCUUAGCGAAUUUUUUUUGGCCUUGCAAAGUUUCGGAAUUUUAGAAGCAAACCAUGAGUUGGAAGAACAGAGGGUUCGAGCAGAAUUCGAAGAGUGUGGUGUCAAGGAAAUGGACUCUGCUCCUUUGUAUUGGCUGUUUCUGCACAGGGAUGCUCUUCUCGGAUAGAAUGUGGUCUGUGCCGGAAGCUAAUGACAUGCCGGGUAGAAAGAUGGUUGAAGAUGGGAAACUCAAUUUCGUUGCAGAAGGAUGUGCCCCUCAAAAUAAGGAUGUAAAUCAUGAUUCCAAGGACGUAAUGGGGGAAGUUUCAAAGACACACCAUGCAAUACAAACUCUCGAUAAGACGAUUUCUAGCCUGGAGAUGGAAUUAGCCGCAGCAAGGGCUGAACAGGAGUCUAUGCUCAAUGGUUCUCCGAUAUCAGACAAUUUGAAAGCCUCGGAAUCAUCUGGGAAACGGAAGUAUUUGAUGGUUGUAGGCAUAAACACUGCUUUUAGUAGCAGAAAACGAAGAGAUUCGGUUCGUGCAACUUGGAUGCCUCAAGGUAAUAAGAGGAAGAAGCUGGAAGAAGAGAAGGGCAUCAUAAUGCGCUUUGUCAUAGGUCACAGUGCGACAGCUGGAGGGAUCCUUGACCGAGCCAUUGAAGCAGAAGACAGGAAGCAUGGUGACUUCUUGAGAUUGGAGCAUGUUGAGGGUUACCUUGAACUAUCGGCGAAGACAAAGACAUACUUUACCACCGCAGUUGCCUUGUGGGAUGCAGAGUUCUAUGUUAAAGUUGACGAUGAUAUCCACGUCAAUAUAGCUACACUAGGAGCAACUUUAAGCAGUCACCGGUCAAAACCCCGAGUUUACAUAGGAUGUAUGAAGUCUGGCCCAGUCCUCGCACAAAAGGGAGUGAAAUACCAUGAACCUGAGUACUGGAAAUUCGGUGAGGAAGGAAACAAGUACUUCCGUCAUGCCACCGGACAAAUAUAUGCCCUUUCAAAUGACUUGGCUACUUAUAUAUCAAUCAACCAGCAUGUACUGCACAAGUACACAAACGAAGACGUCUCGCUCGGGUCAUGGUUGAUAGGGUUGGAUGUGGAGCAUAUCGAUGACAGGAGACUUUGCUGUGGCACCCCACCUGAUUGCGAGUGGAAGGCUCAGGCAGGGAAUGUGUGUGUUGCCUCCUUUGAUUGGACUUGCAGUGGAAUCUGCAAAUCUGUUGAGAGGAUGAAGGAGGUCCACCGACGUUGCAGGGAAGGUGAAAAUGCAUUGUGGAGUGCACAACGUUGAAAAUGCCACAUAACUUGUUCUUCCUAACUCAGGAGGAAUACCCAGAAAUGAAAAGUGAGCCCUCGAUGCUCUCCAUGGGAUGUGGAUAUGACCGAUACGGGAGAUGUGUUUGUUUCUUCGCAGAUAUGAAGAGAAGAGUUGAGUGGGUUCUGAUCCAUUUUAGGCAAGGACAGAAACCCAGUAGCAGUUAGGAGCGAAAGUAACAGUCUCUGCAAUUGUUUGAUUCUUUUUGUACAUGGUUGAAAGGGGGGUCAGUUUGCAAGUUUUGCCAUGUCAUGACAUAAGUAUACACCUUAAUAAGUGCCACAAGGUUAUCUUUUGCUUUCCCAAUCCAGAAAUAAGCUUUUGUUUCUAAAGCAUAGUCUCAUUUUUUUCCUUUUCAUGAUUGACGAUGAAUGAUGAUACACACAGUUUAUCCUGAGAUGGCCCAUCUUUUUAGCCUCUGUGAAUGGCCCAUCUUGUGUCCCCAGUUCUCAUGCUUUAACUAGAGCCGUUGGAAUUCAUAUAAGAUGUGAUGAACUAUCAUGUACUAAAGAUAGCAUAAGGCU